AUGUCGCAUAUCCAUGAUGAUGAAGAAAAUCCAAUGACUGUUUCAUUUAGCAAUGAUAAUGGUAUACAUCGACAUCGUUCACAUGCAUUUUCAAAUUUAAAACCAGCUAAUGUUCUUGAUCAUAUAAAAACAAAAGUAAAACGAAAACAUAAUCCAACGAAAAGUUUAUUAGAUACGCCUGUUAUUACGGUUCAUUAUGACAGAAAUGAAAACAAUAAUACUAAGCAAACACAUGAAGAUGGAUAUAACCAAUUAAAUCCACCAAGUAUAUCAUUAACAAAAGCUUAUUCUCAACCGACUAUUUCAACAUUAGUAGUAACUGAUCAACAUUCGAAAAGUUUUAGUGACAACGAAAAUCACGACGAAGAAAAUUUUAUAUCAAUGGAUAAAACUGAAAACAAUAUAACGAUUUCGGAACCAAUAAAUCAAAAUGAUCAUACUAGUUUAAGUGUUCCAAAAGAAGAUAAUCAACAAUUAUCUGAUACUGAAAAUAAUAAGAAAAAUACAAAAACGAAAACGAAAUUAAAUAAAGCAUCAAAAACUACUUCCGAACCAGCUAAUCAAUCUGAUUCAAAAAGACGAUCACAAAAAUCUCGAUACACGGUAGAGUAUUCAUCAAAAAAACAACAAAACAAGAAAAAUAAGAAAGAUGAUCAUGACAAUAUGGAAACACUUCCAUAUUUAACUGGUUUUCAAAUUCGUGAUGAUGAUUUUAAUAAUAUCUUUGAAUUACCAGCAGAUGAACAAUUAAUUAUUGCGUAUUCAUGCCUCUGGCGAAAAGAUAUGUAUAUGCAUGGACGAAUAUUUCUUUCCGUCAAUUACUUGUGUUUUUACACGUGUUUUUUCAAAUGGGAAGAAAGUGUGCGUAUUGCUUGGAAAGAUAUUAUCAGUAUUAAAAGAGAAAAAUCAGUUAAAGUACUUUCAAAUGCAAUUAAACUGGAAACAAAGAAUGGGGAACAACAUGUAUUUGCUACUUUUAUAUCAAGAGAACGAAUACUUGUACCUAUGUGUCGUUUAUGGCAAAAUGCAUUAGCGGACAAACCAUUGGAUUAUCAACAAUUACGAACGAUAGUUUUGACGGAUUCAUUAAGUAAUGAUGAAUCAAGUGAUGAUAGUGAACAAUCGAUUAGAUUGAAAAAUAACCGUAAACAAUCUUCAGAUCGGUAUCCACAAUCACAAUCUCAAUCACCCGUUCUUUCAAAACAUAGAACAAAAUCAUCCGUACCAUCAGAGGACACGGAACAAGUAACCUACGUAUCAGCUUGUCCAUGUGAAACACAUUUAGCACGAACUAUUAUUGAUCGAUCAUAUUCUUAUGAUGUUGAUAAACUCUAUGAAUUUAUAUUUGAAGACAAUGAAGUAUCACGUGCAUAUCAUGAGUCACAAAAAUUAAUAGAUUUUAAUCUCGGUGAAUGGCAUAUAAAUAAUGAAACAGGUAAACGAGAACGUCAAGUUACAUAUAAAAUUCUAAGUCAAUCAAUUCUUGGUACAAAUACUAUUACUUGUACUGAAAAACAGACCAUAGAAGUCGAGAUACCACAUUCAUUGUAUGUUAUUAAUACAGAUGUAUAUAAUGAAGGUGUAAAAUAUACAGAUUCAUUUUAUGUUGCAUCACGAUAUUGUAUGUAUCAACGUGAUGCAAAACAUUCUUCAUUACGUAUUAGUGCAGAAAUAAAAUAUAUUAAAAGUGUCAAUGGAUUUAUUAAAUCAUUUAUCGAAAAAAAUUGUAAUUCAUCAGUUGAUGAGGGUCAUAAUGAUCUAGCUCGAAAACUUGAAAGUCAACAAUCAGUAAUAAAUAAUCGUAAACCUGAUCAAAAACAAGCAAUAGUACAUAAAAAGCGCAUACAUAAACAAAAACCAGAAGAAGAAGAAGAAGUCAUACGUCCAGAUAAUAAACAAACAGAGUCUACAAUAGAAUCUGUUCCUUCAUCCAAUGUACAAGUACCCGUAAAAGAAAAGACUAUAACUGGAAAAGGAAUUAUAUUUGACAUUGCUCUUUUUAUUGGUAUAUUUAUUCUACUUCUUCAUAUUUAUUUAUGCUAUACAUUAUAUUCUGUUGAUCGAAUAUUACAAAUUUCUGAAUCUACUUGUGUAAAUCAAUGCAAAAAAACUUGUUUACAAAAUAAAUUGCAACAAUAA